AUGGCGUUUUCAACUCGAUGCCCCGAAGCCGAGUAACCGGCACUAGAGUGGGUUUUGAAGAACAAGAAGAGCCCUUGGUCGGGUAAGAAGGAGGUGGCCCAGGGAGAGCUCACCGAAGAACAGAAGAAGUACGCGGAAGAGUAUGCUCAGAAGAAGGCCGACAAGGAGAAAGAUGGGAAGGGAGAGAGGCCGGAGCACAACGACAAGAGUACAUUUCAUGGGAAAGAGCAAGUUGAUUAUCAGGGUAGAUCUUGGAUCCAGCCGCCGAAAGAUGCCAAACCCGCGAAUGAUCACUGUUACAUCCCGAAGAGGAAGAUUCACACUUGGAGUGGGCAUGAAAAAGCUGUGUCCGCUAUUAGAUUCUUCCCUCGCCAUGGGCAUUUGUUACUGUCGGCGGGCAUGGACAAUAAGGUGAAGAUUUGGGAUGUGUUCAAUUCAGGCAAGUGUAUGAGGACUUAUAUGGGUCAUUCGAAGGCGGUUAGGGAUAUUUCGUUUUCGAAUGAUGGGUCGAGGUUCUUGAGUGCUGGAUACGAUAAGAACAUCAAGCUCUGGGAUACGGAGACGGGGAAGGUGCUAUCGACUUUCUCUACUGGGAAGAUUCCUUAUGUUGUGAAGCUUAACCCGGAUGAAGAUAAGCAGCACAUUCUUCUGGCCGGAAUGAGUGAUAAGAAGAUUGUUCAGUGGGAUAUGAAUUCAGGAGAGAUCACUCAGGAGUAUGAUCAGCAUCUUGGUGCAGUGAAUACCAUUACAUUUGUCGAUAACAAUAGGAGGUUUGUGACUUCCAGCGAUGAUAAGUCGCUUCGUGUGUGGGAGUUUGGGAUUCCUGUGGUGAUCAAGUACAUCAGUGAACCUCACAUGCAUUCUAUGCCUUCGAUCUCUCUUCAUCCUAAUUCAAAUUGGUUAGCUGCUCAGAGCUUGGACAAUCAGAUCCUUAUUUAUAGUACAAAGGAGAGGUUUCAGCUUAACAAGAAGAAGAGAUUUGCGGGGCAUAUUGUGGCUGGUUAUGCUUGUCAGGUGAAUUUCUCACCUGAUGGAAGGUUUGUGAUGUCGGGGGAUGGGGAAGGCAAGUGCUGGUUUUGGGAUUGGAAGAGCUGUAAGGUUUUUAAGACUUUGAAAUGCCAUAAUGGGGUGUGCAUUGGAUGUGAGUGGCAUCCAUUGGAGCAAAGCAAGGUUGCGACUUGUGGAUGGGAUGGCAUGAUCCAUUACUGGGAUUAGUUUCGAUGAAGUUUUUUGAUAUGGCUGGAAAGAAGUAUGCUUUGUACCUCUGGGAAGCGUUAGAAAAGGGUAAAUCCACCAUUCCACCGUGCAGUAAGCGCACAUCAUAAGCUGGAGUACUUGGAGAAAGAGCAGAGAGCCCUAGGGGCUUCUUCUGUAACAUGGACUGUAGCUGCCCAGAUCUUAAAGCCACCAGCGCGCUAGGGUCUUGAAGUAUAUGCUACUGCUUAUUGCCUUGAAGUAUACGCUACUGAUUGUUCUGUACUCUGUUGUUCAUCGGAGUGAUGCCGGGAAGAAAUGUUCAAUAUAUUUACGAGACUCUUUGGUUCUUUCUCUCUCCUUUUGACAUGCUACCAGUGUUUGCUAUUCUGUCAUAAUUUCAAUACUUGCAUCCUUAACUCUGUUUUCGAUGGUUGUUGCUUGACCCUGGUUGGGUCGAAUACUUGGAAGCAGAUAAAAUAUCACUUGCUCUGCAAUAUUAUAAGGCCAGGUGCCAGUGUAUUCUGAGUACAAUUUCAUGGAAAGACCUGUGCGUAUACUAAGUACGAGUAGUAUCAGAAUGCUAUUUGCAUGACGAA